AUGCUGGCCACAACUGAGAGUGUUAUUGUUGAACAGGAUAGAGUGCUAGACACAGAUAUUCUAAGAGAUGUGACUGCUUUAAUUGCACAGUUAGCAAGUGCCAUAGACACUCGCAAGCAUCUGUCCAAGGGAUCUAUUCUUUCUGCUAUUCCAUAUGAGGAUUUACUGUUUUGGGUCGUUCAUCAAAAUAUCUUGCAUCCACUGCGUGAUGUCCUGGAUGUUCCAGUGUUUGUGAUUGUAUCUGCCAAGACUUUUGAUUCAGUUGUGCCAGAUCAACUGGAAAUGCAUUGGAAGGAUGUUAUUCAUGUAGGAGUUUCCAGCAAAACCAUCACGGCAUCCAAUCCAGAGAAUCUGGAAAUAUGCACUUCUACCCCGCUAUGUCAAUGGAAAAGUUUAAUCCCAAUUCCAAUCGAUAGCAGCAGGCAUUUCUUUUCCACUGUUUUGCUCCAAAAAAAUUUAAAGCAUAUAUCAGUACCACUUGUUUGUUUAAAUGUGUCAGAAUCUCUCCAACUUUCAUACACUGUUCUUUACCCGAUUGUUGAUUCGCGGCCUUUGUUUGCUCAGUUGGAAUACUCAGAAAUAUCACAGGCAACAGCCGUUUCCAUCAACUCAAUCAUUCCGGAAAUUACUGUUGUACCAUCCAAGGCACUAUGUUCUGCUACAUAUGAGAUUCUAAACAAACCCAUUUUUUCUAACCAUGACAAUCACGCAUCGAGUACGAUUGACUUGCAUGUGGAUUGGGAUUCAUCCGAUUUAAAACUUUUGAGCGCACCCGUGAAUGCAAACGGAUUUUCCCUGCUUCAAACCCUAACUACAUGGAAUCGUAUCCGUCAAGAGGAUCCUCAAUGGACUAGCUGUGUUGUUGAUUCCAAUACGGAUAAAACUCAAAACAAACCCAACCUUCCCCUUUCAAAUUUGGUGGACGAGUUUUUAUCAGAGACCAAGACAAAUUUGGAAGUACUGCAAGAUGCCAAGCAAAAUAAAUUUGAGUUUGAAGAAACUGGGUCUGACUCGACAGAAUCGUCUGGAGGUUUUAAUCCGUUAAAGCGACGCCAAGUGUUUGAUUUUGCAGAGCAGGUUUGGGUUUUCUGUCAGCAAGGAACAUUGCGUGCAGACAUUGCAGAUGCACUGACUGCAAUCAUUGAAGAGUUGGAGACUGGUCGACUUUUGCCUCGCGUUGCCAAGGAUAACCUAUCAAGUUUUGCCAACAUUAUUCGAAGCUGUCUUAAACUAUCAGUGCAGCAUCAGGCAGCCGAUGCCAAAGAUCAACGUGAAUCCAUUACUGCUACAUUUGAUUUUUGGCUGGAGCAGCCGCUUGAGUGUCUAGUAGAUAUUGGACUUUGGAAACUCAAACGUGAUUAUGAAUUUCAACUACUGGAUGGAAACAAUGCAUCGCGACAUCAAUUGGAAUUUUUUAUGGAUUCAUCACUAAGUUUUGAUCAUCAGAUCCUACGGUUAUGGUGUCUUCAUCGCACAUUGGAAUUGGUUUGUUUAAUCAAAUGCAACAUUUUGGUCAUGUCGUCAGAGGUUUUACGCAGUAUCACACAGACAACCCUUAGAUACUACAGAAAUCUUGUUGAGCAACACGAGACAAAUGUUACAUCCAACGACGAAAAGGUUGAUAUUUCUUUGAAUAUCGAUGUGCCGUUUACUAUGCAAGUGUAUUUGCCAAGGUUUUCUACAUCUACACAAAAAACUAUUGCAUCACUUACAAGCAGUUUUGAGAUUUCUCGCUGGAAAGCAACCAUCAAAGAUGCAACGCAACACGAUGCAUGUAUGGAUUACCAAGUAAUAUUAGAUAGUACAAAUUUACUUUUCAUUCCAUAUCAAACCGAUUCAACGGCCUUGACAAACAUGACUUCUCUUGGUGUUGAUGAAUGCAUGAUGGAUACAGCAAGGCAAGAUAUCUGGGGUUAUCAAAAAAAUGGAACAUGGAGAUCUAUAGUUGUACGACAUCCAUCUUCAAAAUGAAUUGAAAUCACUGCAAGAUAA